AUGUGUGACGAAGAAGUUGCUGCUCUCGUUGUUGACAACGGAUCUGGAAUGUGCAAAGCUGGAUUUGCCGGAGAUGAUGCUCCACGUGCUGUAUUCCCAUCUAUUGUAGGAAGACCAAGACAUCAAGGUGUCAUGGUUGGUAUGGGACAAAAAGAUUCAUAUGUCGGUGAUGAAGCUCAAUCUAAAAGAGGUAUUCUUACCCUUAAAUACCCAAUUGAACACGGUAUUGUCACUAACUGGGAUGAUAUGGAAAAAAUCUGGCAUCACACAUUCUACAAUGAGCUUCGUGUAGCUCCAGAAGAACAUCCAGUUCUUCUUACUGAAGCACCACUUAACCCAAAGGCUAACAGAGAAAAGAUGACCCAAAUUAUGUUCGAAACAUUCAACACCCCAGCCAUGUAUGUUGCCAUUCAAGCUGUCCUUUCCCUCUAUGCUUCUGGACGUACCACUGGUGUUGUCCUUGAUUCUGGAGAUGGUGUUACUCACACUGUACCAAUCUAUGAAGGAUAUGCUCUUCCACAUGCUAUCCUCCGUCUUGACUUGGCUGGACGUGAUCUCACUGAUUACCUUAUGAAAAUCCUUACUGAACGUGGUUAUUCAUUCACCACAACCGCUGAACGUGAAAUUGUUCGUGAUAUCAAAGAAAAACUCUGUUAUGUUGCCCUUGACUUCGAACAAGAAAUGGCCACUGCUGCUUCAUCUUCUUCUCUUGAAAAAUCAUAUGAACUUCCUGAUGGACAAGUUAUCACUGUCGGUAACGAACGUUUCCGUUGUCCAGAAGCUAUGUUCCAACCAUCAUUCUUGGGUAUGGAAUCUGCUGGUAUUCAUGAAUCUACCUACAACUCUAUCAUGAAAUGUGAUAUUGAUAUCCGUAAAGAUCUUUAUGCUAACACCGUUCUUUCUGGAGGUACCACAAUGUACCCAGGUAUUGCUGAUCGUAUGCAAAAGGAAAUUACUGCUCUUGCUCCAUCAACAAUGAAAAUUAAGAUCAUUGCUCCACCAGAGAGAAAAUACUCCGUCUGGAUCGGAGGAUCUAUCUUGGCUUCCCUCUCCACCUUCCAACAAAUGUGGAUCUCCAAGCAAGAAUAUGAUGAAUCAGGUCCAUCAAUCGUUCACAGAAAAUGCUUCUAA